GAAGGAGGAGGAGGGUGACCUCCUGGCCAAGUUGUCGCCGUCCCCCUCCGCCCGUUCCGGUCGCCUUGGCCAGCUGUCCCCGCCUCCCGGCGUCCCUCCUCCCGUCCCGCGCCCUGCCCUCCUCCCCAGCCCCGAGUUUGCACGGUACGUUCCGCACGUGAGCCGGGUGCUGGGCUGGGUGGCGACGCGUGUGCCCUGCGGCCGAGCGCCUGAGCAGCGAGGGCCAGCGACCCGCCCCGCGUGCGAGCUUCAGAGAGCGCGGCGAGAGAAAGGCGACCUUCCAGCUUGCACCCCCACCCCAAACGCUCAAAAGGAGGGGUGGGAAGCAAGGAAGCUCGGGCUGCAUGUGCCCCUGGCUCGCUCGGCCACCGUCCGGGGCUCCCGAAGCUACAGCUUAGGCAGUCAGCUCUGGCCCAACAUGGAUGAAGAGAUCCCGCGGCUGCAAGAAAGGCCGUUUUUGGAGCAGCUUCGGGACAUCAGAGGGCUGGAUUAUUCUUCCUUGCAAAUGUGCAGGUCCAGGAGAAGCAUGAAGCGGGACGAGAGCAAGGAAACCUACAAGCUGCCCCACCGGCUGAUCGAGAAGAAGAGGCGAGACCGGAUCAACGAGUGCAUCGCUCAGUUGAAGGACUUGCUACCCGAGCAUCUGAAACUGACCACAUUAGGGCAUCUGGAGAAAGCGGUAGUUUUGGAAUUAACUUUGAAACACCUGAAAACUUUAACUGCCUUAACAGAACAGCAGCAUCAGACAAUAAUUGCUCUACAGAACGGAGAAAGAUCUUUGAAGUCUCCCCCGCAGUCGGACCUGGAUGCUUUUCACUCCGGCUUCCAAGCCUGCACCAAAGAAGUCUUGUACUACCUCUCCCGCUGUGAAAGCUGGGCUGCGCGGGAGCAGCGCUGCGUCCAGCUGGUCAGCCACCUGCACUCGGUUUGCGCCCGAUUCCUCCCCAGCUCUCCGCUCUUGAUCCCAAAGCUCCGCGGGGGCAAAGGAACAUACCCUCCCCACUCGGCUUCGCCCGGGGGGCAGCGCCAGCACCCCGGCGGGGGCCUGAAGCAGGAGAGCCAGCCAAACUGCGUUCCUGUCAUCCGGAGGACGCAGAACUGGAACGGCCACCCUAACGCCCCCCUGCCCUCCAGCGGCACGGAGCUGGCCGGCGAGAACGACACGGACACGGACAGCGGCUACGGGGGGGAGUGCGAGAGGAGCCAGGGCGGCUUGGUCGUCAAGCAGGAGCCCUCUGGGGACGGGGAUGAAGCCCCCGCGGGGGCCAAGAGGCGGAGGCUGGAAAGCAGCAGUCCCUCGGGGGUGCUGAGCCCCGAGCAGGCGGCCGGACCUCUGGGGAGACCGGAUGCAGCCCUGCUCAACUCCCUGAUGGCUUUGGGAGUGGGGGCCGGCGGGGUUCCGGUGGGGCCUCUCUUCGGCCAGCCCCCCGCUGCUCCCUUCUGCUUGCCUUUCUACUUCAUUUCCCCUUCUGCAGCGGCUGCCUACGUGCAGCCCUUCCUCGACAAGAUCGGCCUGGAGAAAUCGCUCUAUCCUGCCGGAGCGGCGGGCGCCCCCAUCCCCGUGAUCUAUCCAGGGAUUUCCGUCCAGCCGGCUGCUGCCUUUCACUCUCAUGCCGCCGCCGCCGCCGCGGCAGCAACAAUGUUGACCCCCGCGGCCGAGAAAGGCAGCUCGGUUUCGGCAGCCGCCCGCUUUCCUGCAGAGCUAGCCUCGCCUCCUCAGCCCCCUCCCCGCCUCUUCCCCUGCAAGGCAGCUGGGCCGAACGCAGACGCGGAUCGCCUCUCCCCAAAGCCCCGUUCGCAGCCCAGCCGCGAGAAGCAUUUAUAACG